AUGGCGGCUGAUGAAAGCUCCGCAGACACUCUGCGACUCCAGUUCAAGGCCAUGCAGGAGCUACAGCAGCGACGGUUACAGAAGCAGAUGGAGAGAAAGCGGGAGAAAGAGCUGAGCUGUCAAAGCAAAGCUGACGACCAGGAGGGGCUCAUGGUGAUCCCGGAUGGUCUCAGUCUCCUCGACACAGAGGAGCAGAACCUGAAAAACAUCUUUGAAAAGAGGGUGCUGGAAGAUGAAAUCCAGCAGCUUCGUAACGAGCUCCGGGAGACAGUCGAUGAGAACGGGCGACUGUAUAAGCUGCUGAAGGAGAGGGACUUUGAGAUCAAACACCUCAAGAAGAAAAUCGAAGAGGACAGAUUUGCCUUCACAGGGACGACUGGGAUGGCUGGAGAUCUAGUUGCCACCAAAAUUGUUGAGCUGUCCAAAAAGAACCGGGGGCUGAUGGCAGAGUCGGAGAGUGCAAAGGUCAGGAUAAAGCAGCUGACCAAUCGCAUCCAGGAGCUGGAGCACGAGCUGCAGAUGGCAUCAGCCAAGCCACCAGCCAAGGGGGCCACUGACGCAGGGGCUAAGCCACUGAAGACCCAGACGGGUGACAGAGCCUUGCUGGAGACCCCAGAGGUGAAGGCUCUGCAGGACAGGCUGGCAGCCACCAACCUGAAGAUGAGUGACCUGCGCAACCAGAUCCAGUCUACGAAGCAGGAGCUCCGUGUAGCCCAGAAGGUUCUGGCCAAUGAAGUUGGGGACGACGUGAACAUCCAGCAGCUCCUGGCCUCACCGGGGACCUGGAGGGGAAGGGCUCAACAAAUUCUAGUUUUGCAGAGCAAGGUCCGAGAUCUUGAGAAGCAACUGGAACAGCGGCAGAACAAGCCUGCAGGCCCAUUGAGCUCUGAGCUGCCUCUCAGUUCAGAUCCAAGGAAGAUGACAGCACAGGAGAAAAACCUCCUGCGGAUCCGCUGCCUGGAGAGAGACAAGCAGGAGAGCUGGGAGAAACUGGCCAGUGAGCGGGACAGCCUCCAGACAGAGCUGGAGGAGCUGAAAAGGAAGUUCGAGGGCAUGCGGUCUCGCAACAAGGUGCUGUCCAGCGAGGUGAAGACCCUCAGGAGCCAGAUGGUGACCCUAGUGGAGAAGGGCAAGCAUGAUGAUGAACUCAUUGAUGCCCUUAUGGACCAGCUAAAGCAGCUGCAGGACAUUCUGGGCAGCCUGAGUGUGCAAGAAGAAUCGAGACGCACCUCUCAACAGCAACUGGACCAGAAGGUCAACAGUGAGGCCCAGCAGAGCAGCAGCCUUGUUGCCCAGCUGCGGGCCAUGGUGGCUGAUCGAGAGUCCAAGGUGCGGCAGCUGGAGCUAGAGAUCGGGCAGCUCAGUGGCCAGUAUCUUCACGGUAAAGGAGGGGGUGAGGGGGCCAGCCCCACCGAUGCCAGGUUCCCUGAGGACCAGACCCCAAUAACCAACUCUCCAGCAUCAGCAGGCGAUCAUGUCAGCAGGCUCGGAACUUCCCGCUCUGUGACCAGCCUGGGCCAUACACUUGUGGAAUCUGCCCUCACAAGACCAUCCCUGCCUAGUCCCCAUGGGACCUCACCCAGGUUCUCGGACUCCCCAGAACAAAAAGGCUGGCAGGCUCAAGCUGCAGAAAUGAAAGCACUUUGGCAGGCUGCUGAGGUGGAGCGGGACCGGCUCAAUGAGUUUGUCACUGUGCUGCAGAAGCGGGUGGAGGAGAGCAGCAGCAAGCUACUGGAAGCAGAGCGCAGGCUGCAGGAGGAGCGCCAGCGAGCUGUACUGCUGGAACAGCACCUGGAGAAGAUGCGCCUGGAGCCAGCCCGGGCCUCAGUGUCCCAGAAAGCUACUAAGAACAAGCCAGGGCCGCCUGCUGCCAGCACCAAGCCCAACUCAACUGGAAGUGCCAAGAAAGACUCGUCCUCCACUCAGCUCUCCGAUAUGCCCAUGGAGUCCCAGAUAGAGGAGCUAAACGCCAGGCUGGCCAUCCAGAUGGAAGAGAACGGAAUACUGAGGGAUGCCCUGGGCAGUGCCCUGCGAGGGAAGGAGGAGGACUUCCGCAUGUACCACCAGACGCUGGGCCAGGUGAAAGGGGUCUUCCUGCAGGCGCUACGGCAGCAGAAAGCCAACAAGCAGUAG